AUGUUUAGGGAAAAUAUAUUGGUGUUGACAUUAUUUUCCAUUUAUUGCCUUUCAUCAGCGGCUGGACAAAACAAAACCUUUUCUGCAGUUUUUGCUUUUGGAGAUUCAAUACUAGAUACUGGUAACAAUAAUCGUCUUCUUACUCUACUCAAGGGAAAUUUCUGGCCAUAUGGUUGGAACUAUGACUUUAAGAUACCGACGGGAAGAUUUGGAAAUGGAAGAGUUUUCACCGAUAUGAUUGCUCAAGGGUUAGGGGUGAAAAGAGUUGUACCCGCUUAUCGUAGGAUGCGUCGCAUCAAGCGCAACGACCUCAAAACUGGCGUUUGUUUCGCAUCAGGUGGUUCAGGAAUCGACGAUCUUACAUCUAAAACGCUGAGAGUUUUAUCGACAGGCGACCAAGUAAGAGAUUUCAAAAAAUAUUUGAAGAAACUAAAGAAUGCGACGAAAAAUAAGAAAGAAAUGAAACAUAUAAUUUCAAACGCAGUGUUUCUUAUUUCUGAAGGAAAUAACGAUAUUGGAUACUUCGCGACUCCCGCUCGUCUACGAUUACAAUCCAGAGAUACAUACACAAGUAACAUGGUUUUUUGGACAAAAACAUUCUUACAAGAUUUAUAUGAUCUUGGAGCGAGAAAAUUCGCGGUGAUGGGAGUGAUUCCGGUAGGAUGCUUGCCUUUCCAUCGCUUCCUAUUUGGUGGAGUAUUCGCAUGGUGUAACUUCAUGAUGAAUAAAGUUGCGGAAGACUUCAACACAAAAUUGCAGAAAGCUGUUAUUGGUUACGAAGUAGAAGAAUGUUUUAAAGGUGCAAAGUUUGUUUACGUCGACAUGUACGGCUCUAUCAUGGAUCUUAUCAACCAUCCUAAGGCCUAUGGGUUUACAGAAGCGAAAAGAUCGUGUUGUUGUAUGGUGACAUCGAUAAUACCAUGCCGAAACCCGGAUGAGUACGUAUUCUAUGACUUCGCCCACCCCACCAUGAAAGCCUAUGAAGUAAUAUCUAAACCUCUUCAAAAAUCAUUUACAUUCCUUCAAGUAUUCUCUUUACUUAAGAGAAUCAAAUACUCACUAAUGGAGAGGUUCCAUAAGUUUCCUCUCCUAAGUUUGGUUUUUUUCCUCGGCUUUAUCGGCUCACCAACCACGGCCACGGCCAUUGUACAUGCCUGCUCCAGUACAGAACAAACCUUUAGUCGUGCCAACUUCCCUGAGGGUUUUAUUUUUGGUACAUCAACCGCAGCUUUUCAGGUUGAAGGAGCUGUACAUGAAGGAUGUAGAGGUCCAAGCAUGUGGGACACCUACACUAAGAAGUUCCCACAUAGAAAUAAUUAUCAUAAGCCUGACGUUGCUGUCGAUUUCUACCAUCGUUACAAGGAAGAUAUCAAGUUGAUGAAAGAUCUGAACACUGAUGGCUUUAGAUUUUCCAUUGCAUGGCCUAGAAUAUUCCCUCAUGGUAGGAUGGAGAAAGGUAUAAGCAAAGUAGGUGUACAGUUUUACCACGACCUAAUUGAUGAGCUUCUCAAAAAUGAAAUAACACCGUUAGUAACCGUUUUUCACUGGGACACUCCCCAAGACUUGGAAGAUGAAUACGGUGGCUUCUUAAGCGACCGCAUAAUAAAGGAUUAUACGGAGUACGCAAAUUUCACAUUCCAAGAGUACGGACACAAAGUGAAGCAUUGGAUCACAUUUAACGAGCCAUGGGUGUUCAGCAGAACUGGCUACGACAUUGGGAAAACAGCACCGGGACGUUGUUCUAAGUACAUUAAAGAGCAUGGAGACUUGUGUCACGAUGGACAAUCAGGACACGAAGCUUAUAUCGUUAGCCAUAACAUGCUCUUGGCACAUGCCGAUGCCGUUGAAGCCUUUAGAAAUUGCGACAAGUGUAGAGGUGGUAAAAUCGGGAUUGCUCAUACUCCGGCUUGGUUCGACCAGCGCCAGCUCUCGGACCCACAAGAGCACUCGGCAGACGAACACGAAACUCCUGCAACUAAUUUGAUUGACUUCGUCUUGGGAUGGCAUUUGAAUCCGACCACGUAUGGAGAUUAUCCACAAUCGAUGAAACAUCAUGUCGGAGAUCGACUACCAGAAUUUACGGAAGCACAGAAGAACAAGUUGAAAAAUUCUGCUGAUUUUGUAGGAAUCAAUUACCAUUAUUCACUAUUUGCGUUGCACGACGAAGAGCCAGAUCCUACGAAACCUAGUUGGCAGAGUGAUUCUCUCAUUGACUAUGAACCUAGGUAUGUGGAUAAAUACAAUCCAUUUACUAUCAAGCCUGAUGUUGCUAGGGUGGAAGUCUACGCAAAUGGUUUGAGAAGCCUUCUGAACUAUAUAAAGGAUAAAUAUGGCAAUCCUGAAGUCAUUAUCACCGGGAAUGGAUACGGAGAGGAUCUAGGUGAGCUAGACAGAAGUCUUGUAUUGGCGCUCUCAGAUCACCAAAGAACAUACUAUAUUCAGAAGCAUCUCUUGAGCUUGCACGAAGCCAUUUGCGAGGAUAAAGUAAACGUUACAGGGUAUUUUCAUUGGUCAUUGAUGGAUAAUUUUGAAUGGCAAGAUGGAUACAGCGCCAGAUUUGGGCUAUACUACGUCGAUUACCAAAAUAACUUGACCCGCCAUGAAAAAUUAUCAGCUCAAUGGUACUCGAGUUUUCUCCAAGAUGGACGGAAAGAGUUCGAGUCUGAGCACUAUGAGCACGAUGAGUACGAUGAGCAUGAUGAGCACGAUGAGUACGAUAAGCACGAUGAGUUGUAG